UCCAAAUGUAGGUAGGGAAGAAUGCUGCCGCCUUCGGAGGAGGACAUGGAAGUCCUGGCGCGGGAUCUGGCGGCGCUGGAAGAGGAAUUCAGGGACGCCAAAUCCGAGGCUGAGUCGCUGAGGGCUCUUCUUGCUGCCGAGACGCAAUGCCGCCAGGCCGCCGAGAAUCUGUGCGCGUCGCUGGAAGGGGACAAGGCUCGACUGAUGAAAUCGCAGGAGGAAUUUCUGGCACAGACUGUCCAGCAGCUGGAUUACAAGUCGAAGUUUGAAGUCUUGUGGCAAGAAGUUAAUCUGAGAAGCGAACAAGACAAUGCCAUGCAACAGGAGCACGAACGAGCUGUAUCGACUCUUCAGGAAAAAUUCCAGACCAUGGAAGCCGAACUAAACGCGCGUAUCAGCUCCCUGGAAAAGCAGCUUCGCUCAAAAGAGUCGUGUGUGAUUCAGCUGGAGCAAGAGAUCGCGCAGCUCCACGACAGCAUGGACAUUCUUAAUCAAAACCAUGAAGAACGCCGCAAAAGGGAUCAAACCGAGUUCCAGCGUGAGAUCACAGCUUUGAAGCUGGAACUCCAAACCGCAAAACAAGCGAAUCACAGCUUGAGCGAGCAACUGGAGAAGCAGCAGCAAAAUUCGCUGCUCGAAAAGACGAGGCUAGAAGCCCAGAUCCAAGAUCUAAGCUCCAACUGGCAAGUGGGAGCUCUCAAACAAAAGCUCAUGAAGCUCCGAAAGGAGAACGAAGAUCUCAAGCGAAGAAGAUUCUAAGGACACGGGCAAGAAUAUGCUUAGAGAUUAGAUUAUAAGAGGAAUCGAACCCACGAUCUACCCUUAUAUAGUGAGAUCCCCUUUGUCCAA